AUGUCUGCAGCAUUUAGAGCAGUCAAAACAGAAAACGUGAGCAUAUCUGCAGCUGCAAAAUCAUUCGGAGUACCAAGGAUGUCGUUAUCUGAUAGAGUUUAUCACAAAGUACCACUUCAUAAAUCUAAGAUGGGAGUAAAAACCGCCUUAACUGAUGAAGAAGAGACAGCACUUUGUAAUUAUAUCACAUACAUGGCCAAUCGUGGAUUUCCUUUAUCUGCGCCACAGCUCUUAGGAUUUGAAUUGUGUAUAGCAAAGGAACGUAAUAAAGAGGGCGUUUUUACAAAGAACGGACCAAGUCGUAAAUGGUUGCGAGGAUUCAAACGCAGACACCCUAACCUGAAUCUACGUUGCCCAGAUGCAUUAGACAGAGGACGUGCGUGCCUUGGCAACGUCAACACUCUUAGAGAUUAUUUUGAAUUGCUUAAAGAAACAAUGGAUGCAAAUAAACGCAAUGAUAAGCCAAGCCAGAUUUAUAAUUGUGAUGAGGCCGCCCUGUAUCUCAACAAAUCUGCUGGACAGAAGGUUUUAGUUCCUACUAGAACUAAACAUACACAUUCUUUAUCAGUUGCAACAAAUGAACACAUCUCAGUUCACUGCUGUGUUAACGCUGCUGGACAUGCCAUUCCUCCAAUGAUCAUCUUUAGCAAAAGUUUGCCAGGUGGUGCGUACCAUAGUAACGGACCAAUUAACGCAAGCUAUGCCUGCUCUGACAGUAGUUUAAUGGACCAGACACUAUAUUCCCAAUGGUUCGGGAAAACGUUUCUCAGUCACGCUGUUCAACAACGUCCACUGCUUAUGAUACAGGAUGGUGCUCCUUCACAUGUUAGUGUCGAAUUAAUCAGAUCAGCGAUUGAAAAUGACGUUAUAUUAUUAUGUCUCCCGCCAAGACCACUCACAUAA